AUGGCAGCACUAGUCACUCCGGCGGCCCGGGUGUCCGAACUGAUGGCGCAGGGACGCAAGUCUGCCGCCGCCCUCGAGGCCCUGCUCCAGGUCCAGGACGACCACGCCGGGAUACGGGAGCUCGCCGCCGAGAUCCUAAGCUGCUGCGACCGCGCCCUCGCCGCCCUCCACGGCAAACCUGCAGGCCGGAAGAAGCGCAAGUUGGGGCCCCAGAGCGCAGCCACUGAGACAACCCGGCACAAAAGAAGGACGCGCACGACUAGCGGAGAGACGGCAGCGGCGACGAGGGUGGAGAGGAAGCAGAACUGGGACGACGGCUUCGUGUGGACCAAGUACGGGCAGAAGGACAUCCGGGGCAGCAACCACCCGAGGCACUACUUCAGGUGCGCCUACACACUCGACGCCGGCGGCUGCCCGGCCAGGAGGCAGGUCCAGCGGUCAGAGGAGCACGACCCUCCCCUCUACGUCCUCACCUACUUCGCCGACCACACCUGCUGCCACGGUGCCGAGGCGGCGUUCGCCGCCUUGGACGACGUCAAGAUCCUCGACUUUGGGUGCGUGGGCAGCCGCUCGCCACGGCCUGACGACGGUGACGCUCGAAAAACCUCACUCUCGGAGGAGCUCCCAGCCGAGGUGGCCAAAGUCGAGUCAACGCCGUUGCCAGACAUGCGGCCGGCGGGGAAAGUGGCGGAGCUGAGCUCCUCCACCGACGAAAUCCAUUGUUCCUCCUCCUGGGAGUCGGCGGCUGUCUGCUCUGACUGGGAUUUCUUUGGCAACUGCUCCUUUGAUUACGUUGGCGAGUUCUUCGAUGUCGAAGACAUUUUUGUACCGAUAGCAUGUUUCACUUGUGCCAACGCUCUCCUUCCGUCGGUGAAGCACUGAUUCGAUGGCCGAAAAGCUGUCAGUAAAGCCUCAGCCUACUAAGCAUGGACAAAUAUGCGGCUAGCAAACAUUUUGCUGGCAGUUUGUACGUACCUAUGCCGGCAUUUUCUUGUUAGUGUUCUUGGGUAAGAGCAUCUCUGCAGACCCUGUAAAAGUCGGAUCCGGAAAAUGCGUUUACAGUUCGCUGCAGAUCAGAUCUGCGGGUCGAAUUCGUGCGCUGCAGAUCAGACCACAUAUGUGAAAUUGUAAAAUUAGAA